UGGCCGCUUGGGCGUCCCCUGGGCGGUGUGUCGAGCUGGGCCGUUGUUUGGGGAGGGCGUUUGGUCCCCUGUGUGUUGAUGAGAUAAAACUGGCUGCUCCCGCUCCGGAACCCGAGGGCCGCCCGGUCCUAGUGCCUGCUGGAUACCCGGGGCCCAGGGGUGUGGGGAGGCCGGAGGCUGCGGCCCAAGCUAACAGCGACCCUGCUCCGCACAUCUUCCCGCGGGCUGCUGAUGGCCGGACGCUUCCUGGGGAAGACUUUAGCCACCGUGUCUCUCUCUGUGGCCUUGGCCUCAGUGACACUCAAGUCGUUGGGCCGUUGCAGCAUCGCGGCGUGCAGUAACUCAUUUUCAUCCUGUGGAUUUCAUCUUAACUCCAACAUGAUGUCUGGUUCUGAUGGUACCAAAGAGAAUUCCCACAACAAGGCUCGGACAUCUCCUUACCCAGGUUCAAAAGUUCAACGCAGCCAGGUUCCUAAUGAAAAGGUAGGCUGGCUUGUUGAGUGGCAAGACUAUAAUCCUGUGGAAUACACUGCAGUCUCUGUCUUGGCUGGACCUCGGUGGGCAGAUCCUCAGAUCAGUGAAAGCAGCUUUUCGCCGAAGUUUAAUGAAAAGGAUGGGCAUGUUGAGAGAAAGAGCCAGAAUGGCCUGUAUGAGAUAGAAAAUGGAAGACCUAGAAAUCCUGCAGGACGGACAGGACUGGUUGGCCGGGGGCUUUUGGGGCGAUGGGGCCCCAAUCAUGCUGCAGAUCCCAUCAUAACCAGGUGGAAAAGGGACAGAAGUGGAAAUAAAAUUACCCAUCCGAUUUCUGGGAAAAACAUCUUACAGUUUGUUGCAAUAAAAAGGAAAGACUGUGGAGAAUGGGCCAUCCCAGGGGGGAUGGUGGAUCCAGGAGAGAAGAUUAGUGCCACACUGAAAAGAGAAUUUGGUGAGGAAGCUCUCAACUCCUUACAGAAAUCUGGUGCUGAAAAGAGAGAAUUAGAGGAAAAGUUGCACAAGCUCUUCAGCCAGGAACAUCUAGUGAUAUAUAAAGGUUAUGUUGAUGAUCCUCGGAACACUGAUAACGCAUGGAUGGAGACAGAAGCUGUGAAUUACCAUGAUGAAACAGGUGAGAUAAUGGAUAACCUUACCUUAGAAGCUGGAGAUGAUGCUGGAAAAGUGAAAUGGGUGGACAUCAGUGAUAAACUCAAGCUUUAUGCUAGUCACUUUCAAUUCAUCAAACUUGUGGCAGAGAAACGAGAUGCCCACUGGAGUGAGGACUCUGAAACUGACUGCCAUGGGUUAUAGCUCACAAUCUCCACGAAAGCCAAAUGGCAACAAAGGAACAUGUACUGAAAAGAAGGCAGCGUCACAGAGCUCAUAUAUAAAAAGGGCAGGGGUAGAUCACUUGGAGAUUAUUUUAUUCACUUUCAAAAUGAUUUGCAUUUAGAAGGUUUUGCAUCAGAAUAAAGUUAGCAAAUAUGGUGAAACAGAACACAGAAUUUUCUGCUUUCCAGUCAAAAGAGCUAUAAAUAAUCAUAUUUUGUAUGCAUUUUAUUUAAGCAUGGCUUAAACCAAACUUAACAACUGAUGCUCUUCGAAGAAUCAGAAUCUAAAUAAAGGUAAAUUUCUGUUCAGCCAUAA